GUGACUUCUGCAUCUCUCUUUCCUUUCGUUUCCCCGCCGCCGCCGCCGCCCAAUGAGCGACUUGGUAAAUAAAGGACGGAUUUGAAUUCAAUCCAAUCAACGACAGAAGACGGCUCGCCCACAGCCCACAGCCCACAACCAUUCUUCCCCUUCUUUCCCUCCCUCCCUCCCUGUCGCCCCCCAGUAACUUAUUCCUGACUCCGAUAACUACUCUACUCUACUCGACAGAAAAAGAGAGAGACCCAACAACAACAACAACAACCACUUACACACCCCACUUACACAAUCCAGACGCAUAUUGGAAUGCUCAGCAUGGAUAACCAGAACAAACAAGACGGCCCCGUCGACUCCCUCAGCCACGGCUUUGCUAACCUCGACGUUAACGGUGCUAACAACAACAGCAGCAGCAACAGCAACGGGAACUACUCCCGUGGUGGAGGCGGUGGUGGUGGUGGCCGUGGAAUCGGUCGUUCUGCUUACGUCCCUCCUCACCUCCGUGGAGCUGGAGGAGACGACUCUCAACGGUCAAACAACAACGCCGGUCCUCCUCCACCGCGCAGGGGCGGCUGGAGUAACGGCCCAGCAGCAGGCGGUAGCACCCGUGGUGGAGGUGACUGGGGUGCUCCCAGGCAAGAGGGCGGUGGCGGCUACGGUGGAGGUGGUUACGGUGGAGGCAACAGCUAUGGUCGUCGUGAUGACAGACCCGCUCGUCAACCGGCCACCUACACCAAGGACCCCAGCGACGAAUUCGCUCACCGUCCCGAUGUGAAGCCCCGCGACCCUCGUCUUGAGACUCAACUCUACGGUGCUCAGCACAACAGCGGUAUCAAUUUCGAGAAAUACGAAGACAUCCCCGUUGAGGCGUCCGGUAACGACUGCCCCGAACCCAUCUCCGACUUUGCAAACUCUCUCCUCGACGAACUUGCGAAAUCCAACGUCAAGCUCGCCGGUUACAAUAGCCCUACCCCCGUUCAAAAGUACUCCGUCGCCAUUGUCACCGGUGGUCGUGACUUGAUGGCUUGUGCGCAAACCGGAAGUGGGAAAACCGCCGCUUUCCUUCUCCCCAUCCUCUCCCAAAACUUCAAGGACGGCGUGCCAAACCGUUCCGCAGACGCAGCCGCUGGUGGCGGCUACGGGCGACGACCCAAGGUGGCCCCGUCCUCGCUCGUCUUGGCCCCUACCCGUGAGCUCGCCAUGCAGAUCUACGAAGAAGCCCGCAAGUUUGCUUACCGUUCUUGGGUCCGCCCCUGUGUCUGCUACGGUGGUCAGCCCAUGGUGGACCAGAUCCGUGACCUCGAACGUGGAUGUGAACUCCUCGUCGCCACCCCCGGUCGUCUUGUCGACUUGAUCGAGCGUGGCCGUAUCUCCCUCGCAAACAUCCGCUACCUUGUCCUCGACGAGGCCGACCGCAUGUUGGACAUGGGUUUCGAGCCCCAGAUCAGGAGGAUCGUCGAAAAGGAAGACAUGCCCGCCCAAGGUCGUCAGACUCUCAUGUUCUCCGCUACCUUCCCCCGCAACAUUCAGAUGCUGGCCCGCGAUUUCCUCUCGGACUACAUCUACCUCACCGUCGGCCGUGUCGGAUCCACCUCCGAGAACAUCACCCAGCGCGUCGAAUACGUCGAGGAAGACGACAAGCGCUCCGUCCUCCUUGACCUCCUCUACGCCGACGGCGAAGCCGGCAAGGCGUCUGGCAAGCUCAACCUCACCCUCGUCUUUGUCGAGACGAAGCGCUCCGCCGACAUGCUCUGCAACUUUCUCCUCAGCAACAGCUUCCCCGCCACCUCCAUCCACGGCGACCGCACCCAGCGCGAGCGCGAGAUGGCCCUCAACACCUUCCGAACGGGCCGCACCCCCGUUCUCGUCGCCACCGCCGUCGCCGCCCGUGGUCUCGACAUCCCCAACGUCGGCCACGUCAUCAACUUUGACCUCCCCUCCGACAUUGACGACUACGUCCACCGUAUCGGUCGUACGGGACGUGCCGGAAACACCGGAAAGGCAACCGCAUUCUUCAACCUCCACCGCGACAAGGGCGUCGUCAAGGAAUUGCUCGAGAUCCUCCAGGAAGCCAACCAGGACGUCCCCGAGUGGCUCGACCAGUGCAAACGCGAGGCCGAGCGCGACUCGUUCCGCGGGUUCGGCGGAGGCGGCGGCCGGGGUCGUCGUGGUGGCCGUGGUGGAGGCGGAUCCCGGUUCGGUGGGAACGUCGAUUUCCGUAAAUCUGAGGCCGGUGGGUUUGGACCCCGUGCUGCGGGUGGACCCCCGUCGUACGGUGGUGGCUAUGGAGGAGGAGGUUACGGUGGUGGGUUCGGGGGAGGCUACGGAGGUGGUUACGGUGGAGGUGCUCCGGCGCAGAACAGCAGCAGCUCGGGCGCUGGCAACAACUGGUUCUAAACUGUCACAAGCGCUGCCACAAGCUCGUCAUCGCAGAACGCGUUCACAUUGUCGACACUACACACCCACACCCCCCUCCUCCCUCUUCAUUCAUCGCCCCGUUCUUUUCCCGCGCCGCGCGCCUCGCUAUCACGCAUCCAAACACGUCAUACCUUCCCCACGACACAGCACCCCGACAGGAAAAAUGAAACCCUCCUUCCCUCCCACACCCUGGGGUCUCACGCACGAUACCCCAGCCUCCCUCGAUAGAUAUUCGACCCCUCGGACAACAACCACCACCGCACCUGUACACACAAAACACCGACCGAAACGAUAUUUAUUCCCCCCCCCCCCCC